AUGCCGGCCUUGGCUAAUGAUACCUUUGAUCUGCCAUUGGCAAAGAGGCAGAAGAGGACUCUCGCCCAAAAAAAUGUUUCCACCAAGCAGCGGGGUGGCUCUAAAAUCUUCGCGCCUUUCCGGACAUUAGGACUGGUGUCGCCAACCCCUGUACCAUUUACCAGUGUACGGCUAGGUAAAUCCACCUAUCAAAUCACCACCUCCGUCGGUCAUACACUGCAGACCUACGAUUUGCGACGAGGAUUGAGUUUGAUCUUUUUGAGUCGACCACAAACCCCCGAGAUUAUCACCGCAACAUGCGCCUGGCAAGAUAAGGUGUUCGCCGCUUGGGGAUACCUUCGUCCUCGAGCGCCAGGUGGAGUUUGGAUGUUCAAACGUGGCAAACGAGUUGCAACCCUAGAAAGUCCCAGCCUGGAGGGUCCUAUUGCACAAUUGUUGGUAUUUGGAUCAUGGGUGGUCGGCUGCUGGUCAGGUGGCCUCGAAGUGUGGAAAAUGGACACCUAUGAACACUAUGCCAGCCUACGGCCUCAGUCGAGCACAGGUUUAUCAUCAACCGGGGAACCAAUCUAUGGUGGAGUCAUGUGUAAUAUGCCAACUUAUCUCAACAAAAUUUUCGUCGGACGGAUGGAUGGCGCCUUGGAUAUCUGGAAUCUCCGAACUGGAAGGUUGAUCCAUACGUUACCCUCGUCCCCAGACGCCGGACCAGUCACUGCCAUUCAUCCGGCACCCGCCCUUUCUCUCUUGGCAAUUGCACACAAGAGCGGUGCAUUGUCAAUUGUGAAUAUCGAUUCAGGUCAUCUGGUUUUAUCACUGCGCGGCCCCUCGCCACGGGCCCUCCCAAUUACAUCAAUCGCAUUCCGAAGUGAUGGCCUCGGAGCAGGCCACGAUGGUCGCAAAGCCGGAGUCAUGGCCACCGCCUCGAGUGGGAGUGGUGAUAUCACCAUGUGGGACUUGAAUGACGGUGGUCGUGUGGCAGGGAUCCUGCGAGGAGCCCAUAGAGUAUCUAAUCGUGAGAAUGGCACGGGUGUGAAUGGAAUCGAGUUUCUGGACGGACAACCUGUCCUCGUGUCAUCAGGAGAUGACAAUGCCUUGAAGACGUGGAUUUUCGACGAGGCCCCAUUUUCCUCCAUCCCUCGACCCCUCCACUCUCGCGGUGGACACUCCGCACCAGUUAGCUCUCUAGAAUUCUUGCCGGCUGGUUCUGAUGGUUCUGAUUCCGGCGGUAAAUGGCUUCUGAGUGCAAGCAAAGACAGCAGUCUUUGGGGACUGAGCUUGCGCAAAGAUAGUCAGCACGCAGAGAUUUCACAGGGCAGCGUAGAGCGCAAGGCGAAGAAGCUUGGUCCUUCUGAUUCAUCCAAUUCUAUGGUGGACACCCUCAAGGCACCUGAAAUUACCUGCAUCGCAUGCUCCUUGAACCGCGAUGCUGGCAUGGGCACCGCCACUUCUGGCCCCAUCUGGUCGAACCCAAAGUCCACUGGCACCGAAUCAUCCAACUCUACAGGGUGGGAAAGUGUUGUCACUGGUCACCGAGGCGAUAAGUAUGCCCGGACUUGGUUCUGGGGGAAGAAGAAGGCUGGUCGCUGGGCAUUUGCGACAAGCGAUGGAACAGAGGUUAAAAGCGUGGCCGUCUCUCCAUGUGGGACUUUCGCCGUCAUUGGAUCUGCUGGGGGUUCAAUUGACAUGUUCAAUCUUCAGUCAGGCCUGCACCGACAAAGCUUCCCAGCUCGGGGUCCAAAGUCUCGUGCCAUGAAAAUGCAGUUGAAUAAUGAAAAUGCCAAGCAUACCAAAUCGGUGACUGGGUUGAUGAUCGACAACCUCAACCGGACUGUGAUCAGUUGCGGCCUGGAUGGAAAGGUCAAGUUUUGGGAUCUUCUUUCGGGAAGCUUGCUCGAUGAACUAAACUGGCAUCCAAUGGCAGCUGUAACUGGAAUACGCUACAGUGAGACUAGCGAGCUGGUUGCCUUUAGCUGUGAUGAUCUCUCUAUCCGUGUGGUUGAUCUGGAAACCAGAAAGCUAGUCCGUGAAUUCUGGGGAUGUGUGGGUCAGGUGAAUGACUUCAUAUUUUCUAAUGACGGACGCUGGAUCAUUGCGGCAUCGAUGGACUCGGUCCUGCGAGUUUGGGACUUGCCUACUGGGCACCUCAUUGAUAUCUUCCGAGUUUCUAGCACCUGUGUCUCCCUAGCUAUGUCAUCCACUGGCGAGUUCCUUGCUACCGCACACGCUGGCAGUAUUGGUAUUAGUUUGUGGAGCAACCGCAGCUUGUUCAUGCCUGUGUCUACGAGAAAUCUUGACGAGGAUCAUAUUGAGGAUGUGGGUGUGCCCACUACUUCCGGCGAGAGUGGUGCCGGUCUUGUCGAGGCAGCCUUUAUGGAGGAUGCCGAAUCAGACGAAAUGGAUGGGCCAGUCUUGACGACUGAACAGUUGCGCGAGGAUAUGGUUACGCUCAGUCUAGUCCCCAAAAGCAAAUGGCAGGCAUUGCUGCAUCUGGACUCUAUCAAGGAACGCAAUCGGCCCAAAGAAGCCCCGAAGGCCCCCGAAAAGGCACCAUUUUUCCUUCCUUCUAUGCUUGGUGGCGGUCCCCCCCAAUCGACUACUGAAACCGCAGCUAGUACCAGCGAGGACAAUGCUCUUACCCAGAACAUGGAAGCAGAGCGGUCUCGACUGUCAAAGGCCUCAGCAGGAACCAUGAAUGCUUUGGACUCUUCGACCAGUCGAUUCCUCUUAUCUGGUCACGAUUCCGGCAAUUUUGACUCAUUAAUUGAGCAUCUUAAAUCUCUUUCCCCGGCCCGAGCAGAUCUAGAAAUUCGUUCUCUCGACUCACGAGCUCGGGAUGGUUUCUCUGAGUUGUCCGCUUUUGUUAAUGCUCUCACCAAUCGCUUGAAGCUGCGAAGAGAUUUCGAGCUAGUCAACGCAUGGAUGGCAGUGUUCCUGAAGAUUCAUGCAGACACGGUGGCACUGUAUUCACACGGGGAUCAGCCAGAGCAUCGUCUCUUGCAGUCGGCUCUGAAAUCCUGGAGUCAAGAGCAACAGCAAGAAGGAAAGCGUCUCGCUGAACUGGUUGGUUACUGUCGUGGAGUUGUUGGGUUCCUGAGAUCAGCACGAUAG